UUUCCGCCUUUUCUCGUUAGGUACUUGUUUACCGAAAAGGAGACACAAGACAGAGUCCUUUCAAAGAUGAUAGUCCCAGUUAUGGGCAAGGAUCCAAGGUGGUUGCUUGUUGAAGUUUGCAGGGAAUUUCAGCGUGGAAAAUGUUCUCGGACAGAAGACGAAUGUCGUUUCGCACAUCCACCGGCUCAUGUGGCCAUCCAGAAUGGAAAAGUCACGGCCUGUUUCGACUCGUUAAAGGUAUUUGCGUUUUUGUCUUAACGGGAGUAAUUGUAUGGUAUUAUGGAUUACCUGUGGUGACAUUUUCGUUGAUUUUUGGUCGCAACUACGAACUUUGUAUAAAUUCUUUUGUUGGCACCGGUUUUUGAGAACUUGUUGCGUCGUUUUCUGCGACACAGGUUUUUCGCGGGCGAUUCAAGUAUUAAGCGAUUUUGAAUACGUGGUAUGACUUGGCAUUUUGAAAACUGCGUUUUGUUAUUUCCCUUCUUUGGGAAAUUUUUAUACAGUGGUUUCAGUGGCUUUGACAAAGCGAUAUUUUUAAUGUCACAAAGAAGUACAGUGACUAUAUAGGCAGAGGGCACUGAAACAUGCAACCUCAGCACGCAGUUCAAUAUUUGGAGGAAACACGUUAUGUUUCUCUCAAAACUACUUAAAACUUUGAUUGUGAGUCGUCUAAGUGGUUAUGGUUGGGGUUCUAAACGAUGUUUGUGGCUCUUUUGUCUAAGCUAUCCAAUAUUCGCCGUUAAGUUGGGUAAACUAGUGAGAAUAUUAUGUGACAGGUUCACUGUUCUGUAGCCUACAUGUCAGAAAAAAAUCGACAGUUGCCCUUUGUGUGUCAUAAUACAAAAUAUUGCUUUGCGUUUCUGCGUUUCGUGAACAAUGUGUUGACACGAUACAUGAAAGAAGUCAAGAGAGAUCUUUCGUGACGCAUGAACUUGUUGGUAAUUUUUCUGUGCACGAACCAUGUUAUUAGCUUUGUAUACUAAACGCUUUAGUAUAAAUCGAAUUUUCCGUUUGCUCACUGAGAAGGAAAUCCAGGUUAUGUCAAGUCAAAAUCGAAGUGCACGUUCUGAGGAAAAACUUCUUCAACCAAAGGCAUUUCGUGCACGUAGGGGCGAAAAACUCAGGAGGGGAUUUCAACGUCAACAUAUGGGCAAAGUAUAAUGUCUUUGUUCUAUCUUCUGAGGCAGAUCUUACCUCACGGAAUCAAAAUUCCUCUAUAUUUUCGUAACUGUCAAUUUAAGUCGCAAAAUAGCAGAUUUUAAAUUUUGAUCUUUUACACCCGAUUACUACGCGAAAAGAAUAUCCGUGGAUUUCUCCUGCUGAAACGGGGAAAUAAUUGCGUGCCGGAGUGAAAAUUUGUUUUGGAAUAAUUCUCACGCGAUUGUUUAAUUUACUCGGUCAUUAAAUACUUUGGUUUGAGUAUUUUCAGCAUCCGCUUUUUCUUCACGGUUUUGCGUGACAUAAGUUGAAAUUUGCAAUUAUAAAAUUAUAGUUCUUGGUCCGCAUUCAGACAAAAGAAAUCAAAGUGUUGGCCAAGACUUCCGCUGGCCCUAUUUCUUUUCUUCGCUAAGUUGUUGAACAAUUUCCGCAUAUUGUUUUUUGGGAUACUUUGAUUCUUUUUCUCAACGCAUACUAGAAAUAGGCAAUAUCAGAAUUUCUAUACUUUUUUUUUUAUUCUAAUUUAAAUGUUACGGUGAAUCAUUUGUUUUAUUUCAUAGACAUUUUAAUGCAACGUCCUUUUAAUUUUCUAUUAUUUGUUGAAAUUUAGCCUCCCUUUCUUUACUGCAAAUAAAGUUUUUUCAUUCUGCCUUUGUACACUUCCCUACACUUCAUGUGGCCUUGAAAAUUUGACCUUGAAGAGAAAACGGCUCACUGCCCUCUUUUGAUAACACAUGUUGUGGUUUCAAAGUUUAAGCAAGAUCUCUUUUAAACAACCUGUUAUGCUGGUUUAAAUGACAAUAGUGUCAAUUUGCCAGCAUUUUAAAGUGCCCUGAGUUGUCAAACGUGAUCUUUUUAGGAUGUCAAUCGUAACAUCAAACUUCCUCAUGUAUCUUUUUUGCAAAGCAUAUUUUUCUUGUAUUUUGUGAAUCAGAUGACUAUUAAAUUUGCCAUUCAGGCUUUUGAUGUAGACAGAAAAAUAAGUGAGGAACUAGAAUAUAAAUUUACUGUAACGUAAUAUCAGUUUGAAUGUUUUACUUUUCUUCAAAGGUAGCCUUAGUGAGAAAGGACCAGUCGUAAAAGUGAUAAUAUUUGCUAUAUUCAGGCAGGUUCUCAGUUAAACCCUAAUGCAACCACAAUUAUCAGUACUAUAGGGUGUCACCAGCGUCCUCUUUUGUCUUGAAAAUUUCUAAGCAAUUUUUUGACUUGGAAUUAGUUUUCCUUAUGGUUAUGUAUAGAGUUUUUCUCUUAAACAAAAUUAAGCUCUUGAAUUUUAAAAACAGAAAGAGAUUGAGAAAGUCAUCCCUCAGAGUGGUAAACCUUUCAGACAUAUUUUGUUUGCAUGUGCCCUAGCCGGUGUGAAACGUUAAUCCUGUCUUACAUGGUCUGUAGCCAUAAGUAUGCUUGUGGAAUCAUAAGCAGUUUAGUCUGUCUUUUGAAAGUUUAACAUCAUAAUUUUGUAGUCAGAUGUCUACAGUCUAUGACCUGUACCCAGAAAGUGUCAAAGAAUGAUUUGUUCCUUUCCUAGGUCAGGCAUGGGCAAACACAGGGCAAAAGCAAAGACAAUAAAAAAGACUUUUCUGUCUUUUGGUUUGCCAGCAGGGGUUUAGUCUUGCUACUCAGACAUAAUUUGUCUGUGAUAUUAAUAUUGAAAUUCUUACAAAUUUGCAGUAGACUGGAUCAAAAUGCUAAGAUGGUUAGGUGAUUUAGGUUUUCACGUAGAUCAAUGACAUUCUGUAUAUGCUGUUCUACUUCCUUCUGUUUUGGUUUGCACCUAGAACAGUAGAAGCUGAACCUGUUUGCAAAAUUCUCAGUCAAAGAAGCUACUUGUAAAAAAUGCCUGUUAGUUUAUGAACUUGGUGACAUGUGUUAUCAGUUUCUGAGCUUAUCUGAUUAUCCUUGUUAUGAAAUAAGCUUUCUCAAGGGUUGUUUUAGAUAUAUAAUAAGCUGAUUAAUUUUAAUGCUACUAUUUAAUCAGUUUGUCGGGUCAAAGUUAGCAGGUUGAUGUUUCAGCAGAAAGAGCGUACAUUUUGUUAAUAAUACGUCACAAGACAAGAGAGUUUUUAAAUGGAGAUUAUUCUUAAAUGAUGACAGCCAAGUACUAUUUCUGGAAUGUGGGUUUUUUAUUAAUAAGUAUAUUAGAUUCAGUGCACAAUGACAUAUAUGCUAAGGAGCCUGCUGACAAACUGUCUAGACUUGUGCCUGGUUUAUUUGAAUCAUUUAGAAAUUUUAUCCUUCCUCUUAGGUUUUGUAAGGAAUAGGAUUAAAACCAGCCCUUCUUCCAACUUUUUAGGUAUUAAAUUUUAAACGUAUGGCUCUCUCUAUGUAGCUGAUAUUUCAGAUCCAUGACAAGGUCGGUCUUUUGCUCGGCACAUUACUUUGACCCCUCAAUUUGAAACAGUGCAUUCUGAUUGCUGGCACCUGUUGAUUUUGUCUCUUUUCUCUUGAAAUCAGUAGGAAUCUGUGCUGAAAUAACCACCUGUUUUGUUUAACUUUUGGUGGUACCUCAGCCAUUAUGAACAGGUCCUGUCAAAACUUUAAACUUCAUACGGGGCAAAAUUCUACAUUAUAUAUUGAUAUUAUGCUUUGUAAAGAUGUUAAGCAUCAAUAAUGACAUGUCUAGAUCAUCUAGAGGGCUUUCAAUAGACAGUCAAAUCUAUUUUUAGCAACCCUUUGAUAGAUGCUUGUCCAACGGUGGCAGAUAAGGAUAGUGACCAAUAUUACAGGAGACAACUAUUCUAGCACAGGGGAACUAAAACGUUUCUUUGUCAUUGAUGGCUGCUGUUGAAAUGAAUACUGUCUUGGUAAAGUUUCCCUCAAAAUUCUGUUGUACAUGUUAUAUUUAGUACUAGCACUAGGCUUUGUUUUAUGCUAUUAUGGGUCUAGAGUAACAGUUCUUUUCUGAACACAAAAGUGUGUUUCUGAUAUGUUUUGAGAUUGUAUGAUGGAGCUAGUUUUAAGGUCCUCAUUUUCUAACAUUUUUAUCAACGAGAAAAAUCAUUAACAAUAGUUUUGAUGAUAAAUUAUUGAGAUAAUGGGGUUUGUAUUAAGUUUAAUAAUAGAAGCAAUAAUAAUAAUAAUAACACUUUCAUUGCAAAGGUCAAACUGAGGGAUUUUAUGCCCAGAAUAGGAACGUAGACUUGCAUGUAUCUGGUAGUACAUGAGGCUACUAUGUUUUGAGGUUUUAUCGGUCUUUUUUUUUCCAUUAAAGAGUGUGUGAGAUAAUAUUGAAUUUGGACUUUGUUCUUCAGACUAGGCAUAUCAAAAGUAACAUACGUACUGUUUGUCGUAGCCAUAAGGUCUUGCUAGGAUAUUCUAAUGAUCCUUUCCUUUUCACAAUAUUUACUUAUAAGUGAACAAAAAUGUUGAAUACAUGCUUUGUUUUUAGGGUCGGUGUCGCAGAGACAACUGCAAAUAUUUACAUCCUCCAAAACACAUCAAGGCUCAGAUGGAAAAUAAUGGCCGUCUGCUACAGCAACAGCAGCAACAGCAGCAGCUUGCUUUUCAGCAACAAGCUUUUGCACCUUUGGCGCAGCAGAUGCUAGCAAAUCCUUCUUUUGUAAGUUUGUUUGCCUUCACCUUGCUUUCUGUAUUAAAUUGAUUAUGAACUGUAAGGACAAGUUAAAACACUAGUAGUAAGUCACAGAUACACUUAAUGCAGCAGCACUACUCUCUCUGCUCUUGAUAUUUUACCUUCUUCUUACUGUGGCUUUAAGGCAUUUACAAGGCCAAGUUAAGAUAAUUAUGGUAAAUUUUGUCUUGGAGGAAAAAAGGGUUUCAUGUGGGAGUGCCACCUUGCUUUUCAGUAUUAACCUAAAUGUAUUCAAUUCAAAGCAAAUUAAAAAGGACAGAUAACAAGUUGUUGCAGCUCAAAAACGGUUGUGGUAAUUCAUUGGAGUAAAAUUUUGGAGUGAUGUGUGGCGUAUUGAUUGACAGUUUUUGUGUUCUUUGGGAACUAAUUUGUGUGAUAAGAACACUAAAGGCAACUGCUUGGUACUUAAAGUCAAAUGAGUUUAAGUUAAGAGAAUCUGGGAAACCUCCCGUUUUUUUUGGAGGACAGCUUUAUGCUAGACCUCUCUUGGUCGUUUUUAGAGCAUUUGCCCUGAACCGAAGCUCAAGAAAUUCAGUGAUGAAUCUUCCACAGUUUUCUUACACGAAAAGCUCUAAUCCUGUCCCCUUACUACUGCUAGUUGUGUGAAUAUAAUAUUUAAAGAGGUAUACACAAAACACUUUCCCCGAAAAUUAAUUCCAUAACAUUGUGUAUAUGUAUCCUCAAAUUGCAGAUAUCUACUUGGCCGUUAAGCUUGCCUGGAUCAAAUGGAACAUAUCUUCAACAGCCCCUUGCAUUUCUCCCAGAUACAUCGGCUUUGGCACAAACUCCCUCAAGAAGACUAGACAAGUCUGACAAAUUAGAGGUUAGUUAUGCAUAAACAUAACACUCAACAAUUAGAGCAAAUAUUUUGAAGAAAUAUCACUAGACUAGAAUGCUCUUGACCCUUCCACCCAGACAAGCUUGUCAACCUAAAAAAUAUACUGCUUAAAUGGAAAAAGCAAAGCAAAUAUUUUGGAAAAAUAUUACUUGACUAGACUACUCUUGACCCUUUUGUCCAGACAGGCCAGUCAACAUAAAAACGUUUGAACGUACUGAUAAAAGGGGGAAACUUCCCAGUCACUUUCAUUGAAAUAGGGCAUGUCUUAAAUCAGAUUGUAAAAUUAUUGUCAUCUCCAUUUUUCGCACAUGAACAGCACUGAAUACAAGUACUGUCAGGGCUCGUAAUUAAAAAAAUCCUCAGGUUGCCUUUUGGCAACCAAGUGGAGAAAUAUGAUCGCCAGAGGCAAAUUUUUAGUUGCCAGUUUGCAUAAUGUAAAUGAAGCAGCUCAUAGUAUAGCACAAUCCAUCAGAAUUGAUUGUUUGAAAAUAACACGGACAGAAGUUGGUAUAAAUUUGGAGGUUAACUGGCCUUGUUUAUGCCAUUUGGCAAAUGAAAUUUACUCUUUUAAUUUAAGUCUAAAUCAUAGAGAAAUCUGGUCACUAAAGUGUCGACUAAACCAGAAUUUUUAGUCACCAAGGAGAAAAUGUUAGUCACAUUGGCGACCGUAUCAGUCGCAAUUUCAAGCCCUGACUGUUCAGCUUGAUGUGAAUAGAUUUUAUUUUAACUGUUUGAGUCAUAAAUAAUUAACUCAAACAUUUCUAAUAAAAAUCUAUCCAGAUCAAACUUAGAAUAAGUACACAAUGUUUUUACCACAGUGCUGACUGAAAGUUCUUCUGCACGUUGUUUUGACCAUAUCAUCGCCAUAAACAUUGUUGUCAUCAAAUUAACAUCAAAUUCAUCUUCAGGUCUGCCGUGAAUUCCAGCGAGGGGCAUGUUCAAGAGAAGAGUGCAGAUAUGCGCAUCCUCCACGACAUGUGUCGAUUGACAGCUCUGAUGGAAUGAUUACAGUCUGUAUGGACUUCAUGAAAGGAAGAUGUCAAAGAGAAAUGUGUCGAUACUUUCAUCCGCCAUCUCAUCUUCAAGGAAGAGUACGGGCAGCUCAGCAACAGUCAGUGCCGGUUAGUUAAAAGCAAGGGUGUUUGGUUACUAGCUAGUUGAUUAUGGUGUAGGACUAUCAGUCCUUUCAAUGAAAACAGUGACUGCAUGUAUAUAUUUUGUGAUAUUGACAUCAGCUAACAUCAGACUUUUGCCAAUACAAUGUAGCUGUUUUUCUUUGCCAUCUGUGAUUAGACAUGGUGCAUUUUAUUACUUAUUAGAAUAUUUCCAGCAUAAAAUCCAGAAGAAAUUAUUCUUUCAUGACAUUUUGUGUGGUCCUGUGAUUUUUUUAUUAUCGUAGUUAUAUUAAUUUUAAAUGAUGUUAUUGUUAGCGUGGUGGAUCAGUUGCACAGGUUAAGAGAUAGGAGUAAAUAAUUCCAAGCAACAUUUAAGUUAAAAAGUAAAAAAAAUGUAAAUGUUUUGUUUUUGUUGAACAGAAAAGUCUCUUUUUUAUAUUAUAGUUGUUUUAAAUAAAAAAAGAGUAUUAUUAGAGUAAGUAAAAACCACAGUGUUCCUUGUAAAAUGUUAGGGUUUUUUUUCCUUUUUAAGAAAGUUGUUUGAUUUCCUUAAAAGGUUAACUAAAAGUAUGUAACAACAAUAUAAUGAGCACUAAUGUAAAAUAAUCUGUUUACUGCACCUGCUUGCAUGCCAGAAAUAAUUCAAUCAGUUUUGUAGCUGAUGACUUGCUGUGACUUGUGUAAAAACAAGACUCUCUCUCCCAUGCUGCUUGCAUGCUUGUUUAAAGAAACUAUUGAAUUAACAGUCAGUAGCUCAUAGAGCAAAGUGAAGAUAUUGCUUGACAUUUUUGAAGACAGCUGGCUUCUGUUUCGGUUUUUGUAUCCCACGUGAUUUGAUUUGUGAGCCGAGCUCCAAGUUCAGCAAGAUGGUCUUUGAACCUGAAUGAUCCGUAACCCUGCAUGGAAUAAUGCAUGAAGCUUUUUAAAGAGCAGUUUCCAGUUAAGUGUUUGUGUUGUUCAAAACAACCUUGCACUUCCUUUGACAGGGGAAAAAAGUAAAAUUAUCGAAAAAUGUACUAUAACCUGCAUGUUCAUGUUUGUAAGCAUAUGGCAUAAUAUUGGGGUUGGCAAAAAUACUUUUUCAGCACUUAAGUGGAAACUGCUUUAUUAGCUAGCGGUUUGCUUAAAUUAUGACUUGCAUUUUGCUUGUCUUUUUUCAUGUGCCACCCUGCUGCCGCUGCUUUCGUCAUAUUGCUGCUGGCUGGCUGGCAUUGCGGCUCAUUCCUUUUGUGCUUGCAAUCAUCGCCUGCUGUCUUAGUUGGAAGGCAGUCGCAAGAGGCCUCAUGACACAAUGACAUUACCAGAACUGGUACUUAAUUGCCUUUUGCUUUUCUAGAACUGUUCGUUGUAACAUGCACGCUGUUUUUAGCUGUUUGUUUGCACCACUAAUAACAGACCUUAACAGGGUUCCAACCUGAUAAUUUUAAGGGGGACAGCUAUUCACAAUACACUACUUUGAAGUCCAUAUUAAGCUUUUGAUUGUUGUUGUUUGAUCUUGUUUGGCAUGUCCAAAUGAUCUAUUUGGUAAAAGAUGCUUCUAUAAAGUGGUACAAAAAUUGUGACAUUUUUAACUGGCAAUCAAACUGUCACAAAAUAGCAAAACUUCGUUUAAAAAAAUUUGAGCAGUGAAAUGCACUGAAAGUACUUAGCUUACCAUCUCCCGAGUCCCUCUUCCUUGAUGAAAAAAGCAUGAAUGCACCUUUUUUUUGUAAAGAUUUACAGCAUUGUCAUUAUCAUAAUUGCCAUCAUUUGUUUUGGUGUAGACAGUAUAGUUCAGAGAAAUGUAAGAAAAAGACAGCUUGGAACCCUGUGCCAGCAUUUUUACAUUGUCAUUUAUAGUGUUAGAGUAUAAAGUAAUAAUUUUAAUUUCAUUUUAAGAAGACUACAUGUUAAGCGGAUGCAAUGGAGUUGGUUUGGUACACUUUAUAGCUUGAACCAUUAUUUUGGGGCCUUCUUGAAACAAGCUUUACCGUCCUAGAAAAAUCAGUAUUAUUCAUUUCUUGAAGUACAUUCUGGGUCUUUUGUAAAGUUUGUUACUCUGACUCUAACGAUUGAACUUUACAUCAGGAUAAUUACUUUAUUAUUUUGCUCUUGUUCGUGAUGUGUUUUCUUUUUAAGUUUUCCAAAUAAUUCAUCUCUAUUAUGACUGUAAGUAUGAAAAAAUUAUGAGUUCAUUAUCAUUAAAUACCUUUUUUUGCCUCCUAAUCUUUAAACAUGUUGUAUUGUUGAAUUGAAUCAAACAGAAAAGUCUAGUAAGGUGUUAAAUAGCAUGGUACAAAAUGAUGUAUAGGAUCACUUACUCUUUAUAGAUGACUUUGAUUGUAGGUUCAGGCAUUGUCAAUAGGGUUUGAUAUGUUUUUUAUUUUGGGACUAAAUUUGUGUUAUUUCUCUUCAGAGUUUUGGUGAACCAUUCAAAAAGCAAACUGCAUUGGAAGUGCCCCUGGUGAUGCCAGCUGCAGGGGCUGCAACAGCACUUCAGUCCUUUAACCAACCACUGGGACUGCAGUUUACCUCACUUAUACCUACAAGUAAGUAAACAAAACUCAGUCAAAACGUAAGUAGGAUGUAAGUUUCAGAUUAGACUGGGUGUGGUUGUUGUUGUUGUCCCAUUCUUCCUAUAAUCUGUGUCACAAUUCCUGAAGCGUCUCUUCUAUUUAUUCUGCCAGCAUCAUCUUGUUACUAGCUUAUCAUUCAUUCAUUCAGUCAUGUUUGUUUGUCGUAUCACACAUCCUUACAAUAAAGGUACACAUGUUAUAAAGAAAGUUAAAGGAAGCAGAUGGUGAGGAAACCUGAAAGAAAGCAAUUAGACUGGGUGUGUUUGUUGUUGUUACAAGUCCCAUUCUUCCUAUAAUCUGUGUUACAAUUCCUGUAGUGUCUCUUCUAUUUAUUCUGCUAAUACCUAUUGAGAAGAAAUUCUUUAAGCCUUUUUUUAAAAGGUGUAUAGGUGGGUGAUUUAGUUAUCUUAACAUUCAGAGAGUUGUAAAACUUUUGACCUUGAAAGUAAAAUGGAAAACUGCCUGGUAUUGGUUCUACAUAGCAGUAAACAAAUAGAUUGAGCACUCCUUGUAUUAUAAUUAUGUAUUUCGUUGUUCAUUGGAAAAAAGUUAUUGAAUUUUGAAGGGAGUGUAGAGUUCUUAAGUGAAAACAUAAAAAGGCUUAAUUCAGUGAAACAAGUGGAUAUCUUGACAUUUCAUUUAUCAGCUGCUAAGCAUAUGCUGUAGUGGUAAAUCUUGCUUGUGUUUGGAUCCCUUUUAAUAUGCUACUAUAUGUCUUGCUUCUUCUUCUCUGGAGACAAAACAUUUCGUCAAUAAAGGGACAGGUUCAUGGUUCAGCACAUGCUCGUUAAUCAAAUGCUAUUUUUCUGCUGGGACAUGCUGUAUCAUCUAUGCAAGCAAUAUGAUCAUGUCAUAAUGUUGUCAAAGAACCAAUCUGCACACUCUCCUGGCAGUCACUUAAUCAACUGAGGUGCAAAUAGCUGUAAAUUAAUCAACUGUGGAAUAAAACCCUCGGGUCAACAAUGAAUUCAACGUUGGUAGUGUUGGUACAAAUUAUCCACUAAUUUUUCUGCGAUUUUAGUACUCCUCCAUCCCACUUCAGUUUACUCUGAAAUACACUUCUACUUUGAAAUACACUCUGAGAUUGCUGAGAUACAUGUGAGUGGGAUUAUUAACCGAUAGAAUUAAUAAUAAAUUGGAAAAACGUAAAUGAGCAUGAUCUGAAGCGUGAACCUGUCCCUUUAACUGCCAAGAGUGACAUCAAUAAUAUUCUCCUAACAUCAUCAGUUCGCAAUCAAGACAAGAAGUUAUGAGAAUUGAUAAAAUGAUCGCCAAAGGAAAAAUGCUCUGAUCGUUUUUCAGAUUCUCCCAACCAAUUCAGUAAGGAAAUGUAUAGAGAUCAAUUGGAGAGUUUGUAAGCAGAUAUUGGGGGGGUCUAACAUGUUUCUAAAUUGCAUUGGGUUUUUGCAGAUAUCUAAGCAGGAUCCAGAUUUUAUGUAUUAAACUUUGUUUUACUUUCUCUAGUGCCGUUGCUUGCACCUGGGUUACCACUGCUUCAAACACAAGUUCCUCAGGUAAUUAUUAUAUUAGCCAUUCAUAAUGGCACUUCAAGGAGGCUGUUUAUUGAUCAGUGCAGGGAAACGCUUAUGUGAUGCAUAAGUGAAACUGUGCUUGUUUGGAAGUUAUCCCAGUUCCAGUAGAGCUCAAAGUAAAGUAAAAAGGAAGAAAUAGAAUAAAGGCACAUGAUAAUGAUUAAUUUUCCCAUGACAGUGGCUAUUAUUCUUUAAUUAGGUGAGAAUAUGAGAAUAUUGGCUGAAGAUUCAAAAUUUCCAUAUUUAGUCAGUGUUCUGUGGAGCCUAGAUAUAGUGAACAGCCAAGAGACUGACAAAUUAUUUUAGCUGGUUCUUUUCCAUAUAAUUAACCUUAAUGUACGGGGGUAAAGAAUGUUGUUCGUCAUACUAAGGACUUUCUUAUACAGAGGUUUGUUAUAUGGAAGUUUCACCAUAUUUUGUUCCUACCAUGGUAGCCACUGCUUACAUUCCCUAGAAAACAGCUCUGAUUCCUCUCUCACAUAUUCAUUUACUUGAAUCUCACUGUUUGUCGUAAACAGCCUUCUUGAUCCACCAGUCUACACAUUUUGUGUUAUAAGUUCAUGAAUAGUCGCCAUACAUGUUAGAGUCAAACUUUUCUUUAGAAAUUUUGUAAGGGUUUUCUACAUUUUAAGUGGUAAUUAUUUUCAACAAAGUUUAUUGCCUCUUGUGUGCUGUCAUAUAAUAACCAGAAAUGAUGCAAAUGGGUUUUGCAAAAUUGCAUUGCUUUCACAUUUAUCCUCCUUGAGGAUCCGAGUCCCCGGUCUUCUCUGGCCUCUCACAGAUCCCUCGUUCCCCUGUUUGCUGCAGUAUUGACACAAUCGUAUCUUUGGUUGCUAAAAGCAAAUCACAUAAUUGGCAGCAAGUAAAGGCACUUAUCAUCUGUGCCUAUAUUCAUUAGCAAUAAUACAAGUACUGAGCAGCAGUAAUUAGUGUCUAUCCAAUACAACUGUAAUUAAUCUUGUUAAUUAAUUUCAACGCAGCAGAAAGGUGCCAGUUUAACUGCUCCCAAUAUUAAUAUGUUAACAUUUUGUUAACACUUUUAAUGUAUUUUGUUGAUUAAACCCUGGGCCCCUAGAAGUAAAUACAAGGACUAAAAGGGAAAGUUAAUGUUGUAACUAAGCCCAAAAGACAUUUAUUUGUGGUAAAAUAAUUUUAUCAAGACAAAAGGGCAUGAUACACCGUUGCUGAAAAAGACAUGAAAACCCUGUCUUAAAAAAUUGCACGUCCCAACAGACGGCAGAUUAAAGCAUUUCCAAAUGCUAAGUCCACCAGGUUAUGUUUGAGUAAAGAUGUUUAAUUGACAAAAUACAGAAUCAAGAAAUACAUAUAAACUGCAUUUAAUUCGUAUAGGUAAUAGCAUGAUUUGUAGUGAUAUUUGGCAGAAAUACUACGAGUGAUAUUUCGAAAUUGUUAUACGUAAUUUGAGACAAUUUUGAAAUGUCACGAGUGGUAUUUAUGCAAAAUGUCACAUAAAAAUCAUCCUAGUAUUUUUUUGUACUACUACCCACAAAUGGUUUCAAAUUUUCACAUGUAGGUAUUUCAAAUUAAGCUGAAAUACCGCUGCUCUAAGCCCAUCAAAUUGCAGAAAUUUCUGAUGUAGCAGUAUGAUAAAAAAAUUGUAGUAAUAUUUAUGUACAUAUAGAGCUAGGUUCUUUAGAAACUGAUGAUUAUUGUGCAUUAGGUUGAAAAUGAUUCUAAUGUUGAUGUUUCCUUUCCUGUUCCAUGUUCUACUAGUGGCAACCUCAGACUGUUCAACCACAGGUGUUAAGCUAUAUGCCUGUGGAGUCGGCUGCAACGCCACCACCUCCACUAGCUCCUCCUCCUCCUCCACCACAAUCCUCAUACCAAAUAGUUGACCCUCAAGUCCAGUCAAUGGACAUGCAGUACUGGAACAGCUACACAUUAGGCUCAUCAACACCCACCACACCCACUUUUGUGUUGGCGCCUCAUGUUUUGUAA